AUGGAGGUUCUCGCUGCUAUUGUUGGAAAAAUAGCAGAGUUAACUGUUAUGCCCAUUGGAAGGCAAGUGGAAUAUUUAUUAUUUUACAAAGGGAACUUUAAGGAGCUAGAGAAGAAAAUUGAGGAGUUGAAAGAAAGAAAAGUUCGCGUCGAGCAUGAUGUUGAAGCAGAAAGAAGGAACGGAAGAGAGAUUGAAGAUGAAGUACAAAGUUGGCAAAACAGAGUUGACGAUACCUUGGAAGAAGUACAGAAACUUCGUGAAGAUCAACCUCGUGCUAGUGUACGGUGCUGGAAAUGGUCUUUUCCUAAUUUGAUGUCACGACAUCAUCUUGGUAGAAAAGCGAAGAAAAUGACAUUCACCAUUUCUGAACUGAAGGACGAGGGGAAGUUUGAUGGUGGAGUUGGGUAUGUUCCCGGUUCUAGCAUGGGAAACUUAAUUUUUGCAACUCGAGGUAGUGAAAAGCUUGACUCAAGAAACUCAGUGAAGGAGGAGGUUAUGUUGUCUCUAGCUGACCCCAAAAUAAGCAAAGUUGGCAUUUAUGGGUGGGGUGGAGUGGGGAAGACCACUCCAGCUAAAGAAGUUGCCAAGCAUGUUAAGGAUAGAAAGCUGUUUGAUAUGGUGGCCAUUGCAACUAUAUCCCAAGCGUUGGAUGUUGAUAGAGUUCAAGAUGAGAUUGCAUAUCAAUUGGGCUUCCACUUGGAUGAGAAGACUUCAAUUGGAAGAGCUGACCGCCUUUUUGCAAGGAUAAAAAUGGAGAAAAAUGUCCUUGUCAUACUAGAUGACUUGUGGGAGAAAAUAGAUUUGGACAAGUUGGGAAUUCCAUCUGAGCAAGAUCUUAAAGAUGGAAAAUUAUCAUUCACUUCUAAACGUUUAGAUAUUUCACAGAAGAAUGAAACUUAUCAGGGUUGCAAAUUAUUGUUGACUUCUAGACGGUUAGAUAUUUUACAGAAGAAUGAGACUCAAAGUAACUUUCUUAUAAAAGCAUUAGAUAAUGCAGAAUCAUGGAGUUUGUUUGAAGAGAUGGUUGGUGAUGCAAUUAAAGAUGCUGAUUUGCAAAACAUAGCAACCCAAGUGGUUGAAAGAUGUGCAGGUUUGCCUGUUAUGAUAGUCUCAACUGCAAAGGCACUAAAAUUUAAUAAAAAUAUUCAUUAUUGGACAGAUGCCUUGAACAACUUAAAGAGAGUUGAUAAUGGGGACAUGUAUGGGACUGUUUUUUCAGGCUUUGAAUUUACUUACAAUCGCCUGGAAGAUGAUGAAAUGAAGAAAGUAUUCUUGCUGUGUGCUACCUGUGGACCGUCCACGUGGGUUAGUUACUUGUUAAAAUUAUUAUUUGGUUUGGGGGCUCUGAAACACAUAGAUACCAUUAGAGAUGCAAGAAAUCGACUGUACCGAAUAAUUGAUGACUUGAAGGCAUCUUGUUUGUUGCUUGAGAAUGAUGCAAACAACACCGAUGAGAUCGAAAUGCAUGACAUUGUUUGUGAAAUAGCUGUUUCAAUUGCUCGUAAGAGUGAACAUGUUUUCGCAUUGAGAAAUGAUAGGAUGCAAGAUUGGCCAAGCAAGAGAUUUCUUGAAAGGUGUACUCAGAUAAUCUUAAGCGAUUGUUUUAUCCAAGAGCUUCCUCAAAAGUUAGACUGUCCUAAUUUGAAAUUUUUCUUCUUAAGUUUCAAUGAGAGUUGCACUUUGAAAAUUCCAGACUCUUUUUUUGAGGGAAUGGAAAGCCUUGAAGCAUUAGAUUUGACAGGCUUGAUAAUACCUACACUGCCUAUAUCUCUUCUUUUCUUGACCAAGCUUAAAACAUUGUGUUUGGAUCAAUGCACUUUGAAAAAUAUGGCCGGAAUAGGUGACUUGACAAAUUUAGAAAUUCUUAGUUUUUGGGGUUCAUACAUAGUGGAGUUCCCGAGUGAAAUAGGACAACUGACUCGUAUAAAAAUGUUGGAUAUGACAAAGUCUAGAAUUAAGAUCAUCCCAUCCAACACUUUGUCCAAGUUGACUAAAAUAGAGGAACUUUAUAUGGGCAAUGCCUCAAUUAAGUGGGAGGAGGAAAGUUCAACUACGCAAAACAAAAGUGCUAGUCUUGCUGAGCUUGGGCGUUUAACAAGCCUGACUACUUUAGAAAUUCAAAUUCCUGAGGCUUGGAUGCUGCUGAGGGACAUGAUGUUUGAAAAGUUAGAGAGAUACAAGAUUGUCAUUGGGGAUAAAUGGGAAUGGUCAAGGAACAAAAGAGCCUUAAGGUUGCUAAAGCUAAAGCUUGAUACUAGCAUUCAUUCGGAGCAUGGGAUUAAAGCAUUGAUUAAACAAGUGGAAGAUUUGUACUUAGAUGAAGUCAAUGGAAUUUUAGACGUGCUUUUUGAUUUGAAUGGAGAAGGAUUUCCUCUACUAAAGUAUCUCCAUAUCCAAAAUAAUGGCCAGCUUCAGCAUAUCAUCAACACAACAGAGUGGAAUGAAACUCAUGUUUUGUUUCCAAAAUUGGAGACACUAAUACUUCACAAUCUCAAUAACUUAGCGAAGAUAUGUCAUGGUCCACUUCCUGUUAAUUCCUUUGGCAAACUCACAAUCAUUAAAGUCAAAAGUUGUGACCAACUGGUAUAUCUCUUUUCUGUUUUGAUGGAGAAAGCUCUUUCUCAACUUGUUGAGCUCCAAGUUUUGGAAUGCAGUUCAAUGAAGAGGAUUGUGUUAAUUGAAAAUGAUGAUAGCGGAAUAAGUAGUGAUGAGAAGAUUGAGUUUCAUUCACUGCGCUCCUUGAGUCUUUGUCAUUUGCCAGUCAUCCAUGAUUUUUGCUCAAAUGAAUCGACAUCUUUUAUGACAGCCACAUUAUUAUUUAAUGGCACUAAGGUUAGUUUCUCUAGCUUGGAGACCCUGAAGUUGAGUUCAAUCAAUCUGGAAAAAAUUUGGGAUGAUCAUCACCUUUCUGCAGCCAAUUGUAUUCAGAAUUUGACUAACUUGAUUGUUGAGGAUUGCAGAGGCCUCAAGCAUUUAUGCUCAUCUUUUGUGGUUGGAAGUCUUUCAAAACUCAAACACCUUGAAAUAAGUAAAUGUGAUAUGAUGGAGGAAAUCAUUGCUCCAGAUAGCCUUGCAACACAAGAGGUCCGGUUCACAAAGUUGGAGACCAUGGUAGUUAAAGACAUGGAAAGCUUGAAGAAAAUAUGGCACUUUCAAUUUGAUAAGUUGAAGAGUCUGGAGGUAAGCAAUUGUGGGAAACUUGUGAAUAUUUUCCCAUCUGAUAUGCAGGGAACGUUUGGAAGCCUUGAGACUUUGACGGUCAGCAGUUGCGGUUCAGUGGAAGAGAUAUUCGAAUCAACCGCCAAAGGAAUCCAUAAUGAAGACGAAACAGCUACACAACAAGUCUCACAAUUGAAGAAACUCCAUCUAUUUGGCUUGCCAAAGCUGAAACAGAUUUGGAGUAGAGAUGCUGAAGCAAACCUUCGUUUCCUUAAUUUGCAACUUGUGCGUGUUGAAUACUGUGGGAACUUGGAAUACCUUUUUCCGUUCUCCAUCUCAAUGCAAGCUACUCAACUUGAACGUAUUACCAUAAAAUAUUCAGGGAGGAUGAAACAUAUUGUUUCAAGCAACGAAGUGAUCCCCAUGGACAGUCCAGUCAAAUUUGAGUUUAAUCACUUGACCUCUUUGGUGUUUUGGAGUUUAUCGGAACUUGAGGGACUUUAUGCUGGAAAACAUAGUUUACUAUGUCCAUUAUUAAGGGCACUAGAUGUCCGCACAUGUUUGAAAUUGAAGCUCUUCAUGACACAAAGUACAAGAGCCCGAGAUAGAGUUUAUGAUAAUAAACAGCAAAUCUCAAUGCAGCAGCCUCUUUUUGCACUUGAAGAGGUGAUUUGCAACUUGGAGAAGUUGACCUUAAAUAGUGAGGAUGCAAGCAUAAUAUUACAAGGACAACUUGCAAGAAAACACUUCAGCAAACUCAAAAUUCUUUAUCUGGCAAAUUUUGAAGAUGAGCGUGCUACUUUUCCCUAUUGGUUUCUCCAAAACAUAACCACUCUCAAUGAGCUACUUGUUGAAUGUAGUUCUUUUGGGGAGAUAUUCCAAGAAGAAAUACCUAUACAGGACAAAGGAAAAUUUAAGAUCGGAACACGAAUUAAAUCAUUGACACUCAAUCAAUUAUAUCAUCUCCAGCAUAUCGGUAAAGAAAGAGCUCAAAUAGACCCAGUUCUUGAAGAGCUUGAAUACUUAGACGUGGAUCAAUGUUCCAAUUUGAAACACCUAGUGCCUUCCUCUGUAACUUUUAGACACUUGACAUAUUUUGGGGUGGAAAAUUGCAACGGAUUGAUUCACUUAAUGACCUCAUCAACUGCAAGAAGUCUGGUCAAAUUAACAACAAUGAAAAUAAGGAACUGCGAUUCACUUGACCAAGUUGUGGUGGCAGAAGAGAGGGAGGGGUCUGAAGAUGAAAUUGCAUUUAGCAGCUUACAAAUUUUGGAGCUUGAGUGUCUGCCAAUGAUCAAGAGGUUCUGCUCUAGUAACUGUGUGUUGAACCUUCCAUCACUAGUGAAUGUUGUUGUUAAGCAGUGCCCAAGAAUGAACAUCUUCUCUAAGAAAAGCACAAGUACCCCAAUGCUUCGACAAAUAUAA